AUGGUUAUAGUUCUCUUGCAGGAGCAUGACGCUAUGUUCUGUCCAGUGGCUUUUGCAAGUCGCACGCUGAAUCCGGCAGAACGGAAUUAUUCCGUCACGGAAAAUGAGUGCUCGGCUAUCAUCUUCGCUCUCAGGAAGUUUGAUCUCUACCUGGACGGCACCACUUUCGCUGUCCAGACUGACAACCAGGCACUUUCUUGGCUGCAGCGGCUACAUAACCCAUCUGGACGUCUUGCCAGGUGGGCCCUGACGCUACAAGGUUACAACGUGGAGUACAGGCGGGCCUGGACGAACGCGGUAGCAGACGUGCUUCCCCAUGCGCCUGUACCGGAGGGGCGAGAGGAAGGCACUGAGGCGCCUUCUCAACUCCUGGCAGCAGCACAAGUGGCACGAGACGUAUAUUCGUCUUGGGGCACGGUCGUGAGCAGAGAGCAACUCCUAGACUGUCAGAGAGCGGACGGCCUUUGUCAGCGGGUGUCUCAAUGGCUAGCUGAGCAGGACUCUGCAGGCACCGGAACGACUGACGCACAGCACGACUCCUAUCUGCUGGGCGAGGAUGGCAUCCUGUUCAGAUACAUACCCCGGGCGGUUGACGAUGACAGCUCAUCCCCAUUCAGAGUCGUGCUGCCACGGAAGUUGCGCAUUCAGCACAAGAAGACUUUUCCGUAUCACCCUCAGGCUAACAUUACCGAACGUGUUAAUCGGAACCUGAAAAUGAUGGUUGCUUUCACUUGUCAGCACCUGCGGGAUUGGGAUCUUCGCAUGGCUGAGCUCGGACGACGGUCAACAGAUCUACAGGCUUCACCCCGCGUUCCUGAACUUGGGAAGAGAGACACUUUUUUGCUGGGGGGGGUUGAGACUGCAGGUGUUAUUGUAAGUUUUCAGAAGUGGGAUCAGCCCCGACGUAUUACGGCUACGACGUUCCUGUGUUACCUCACGACUGAAGAUGCCACCAACGUUACGGAGCAACGGCUCUGUGUCGACGACGGCCGGAGACGACGACAGCAGUCUUCGAAACGACAGCACCGAAUCGACAGAAUCGACGCCAAUUAA